AUGUCUGCCGGUUGCUCCAGUGAAUGCUCUUCCCCUCGCCAUUCCAUCUUGGUGGCGCAGAAUUCAACAGCCAGCCAUUCCGAACGUCAUGUUCGAUUUACCAUCCCAAAAUUCUCGGAACACGUUUCUUUUGAACGCGAUUUCUACCGUUCCCCUGCUUCGAAUGUGUGCCGCAAAUCCAAGAAGAGCGGCAAAAUCCCAAUGGAUGAGGUUGAAAUGCUGAAGCAUGGGUUCAGAAGCGAACACGGCCAAUGCUUGACCAGCGCCAUGGAUGUGAUGGUGUCAAGUUCGAGGAGAAAUAGCGGAUUGUCAAUGCUGAUAUGA